AUGUUUCCAUUCAGCAACAAUGGCAGUGACCCCAUCUCCUAUAGUGACCAACAAGCUUAUAACAUGCCCUUUUUCAGUGACAUCAUUUCCAAUUCCAAACAAUAUGUGCCUCCUCCUUUAUCUUUCUGCCACUUGCCCUCUCCCUUUUCUACUUAUGAUCAGCUAGAAUUAGAAGACCAUCCUAUUUUUCUCCAACAAAACUAUGACCAGCUUUUACAUCACCAGCAACCCUCCAGUGCUACAGAUACAAGUACUAGUACUCUCGUUAAUAACAUGGGGGAUUCCAACAAAAUUGACGUUAUUGAGCUAACCGAAAUCUGCAACCAGCAAUCCAACAACAAUAAUGAUCAGAUCCCAAGAAAGAGAUCUUCCAAAAGAGAUCGGCACAGCAAGAUUAACACGGCUCAAGGACCUAGAGAUCGGAGAAUGAGAUUGUCUCUAAAGGUUGCCCGAGAGUUCUUUGAUCUGCAAGACAAGCUACGCUUUGAUAAAGCUAGCAAGACCGUCGAAUGGUUACUCACACAGGCAGAAACUGAAAUAAAAAAACUAUAUAGUGGCUUCCCUGUUGAGAAUUACAGCUGCAGUACUGUUGGCAACAAGAGUGCAUCUUCUUCUGAGUGCGAAGUGCUCUCCGAAAUCGAUAUUGGUGCUACCAAUAAACGAAGGAACGUUUCUACGGGUAAAUCCUCACUGUUUGUCAAGAAAGACAGGAGGACAACUAGUAGAGCAUCACGUAAAACUGCAUUCAGCCCUUUUGCAAAGGAAUCAAGGGAGAAGGCAAGGGCAAGAGCUAGGGAGAGAACGAAAGAAAAGUUGUCUAGUUGUUUGAGUCCAUUCGAAAUAGGUGAUCAAGAAUCUGGUACUCACAAUAUUAAUCCUUCCUUUGAAGUCCAACUGGCUGAAGUUGAAGAGCCAAUCUAUAAUGAGCAAGAGCAAUUAGGUACUCCUGAGGGCAUGCUUGACGAAACCUUGGUGAAUAUGAGCAAGUGGAGUCCCCCUUUCCCAAUAAUCUACACAACAAUGGAAUCGCUCAAGAGCAUCAUCAAUUCACAGACUUUCCAUAUUGUUUGUACAAAACAUGGGAUGAUCAGGCCUACAACAUUGGCG